GAGAACUAGUCUAAAUGGUGCUUGCUUGCUUUUGAGUUUAACAAAUGGAAUAGUACAGUCUGAAUAGCGAAUUUAGAUUCUAGAUCUUGCUUUUGUUAUAGAGACAUGUAGAUUAUUGAAUGAAAUAAAACUGGAAGGUACUUACAGAUUACCAUUUCUUGGAUGUGAUAUAUACAAGUUCAACACCCUCAACAUCCUCUGUCGCUAUGAGCAAAGGAGAAGCAAAGAAAGAUAAGCUGAACCAUACAUCUAGAAGAAGGCAAAUCUUUGACUCUGCUGAGGACUCUCGAACUAACUCCUCCUAUACAUCAUCCCAGUCUCACUGCUACCCUCAUCAUGUGACUGGACCACACCCCCCACUUAACUACAAUCCCUGGUACAGAUCCAACUACCACCAUCCUCCACCAAAUGGCCACCAUAUUGGGGCAGUGCAUAUCUUCCCUGCUCAUCAGAUAUUUAUGCAGCACGGGCCCUUUGGCAAUGAAACCAAUCACUACAGACCAGCUGGUUAUGCUCAUCAGUUUGCCUUACAAUUUCCCCACCAUUUAGAUCAGCACCACCCAACAUUUCUCAAUGAGCAGAGACGGCAGAGCUUUCAACAUCAGUGUGACAACGGGCAACUUGAAGAAAUGUUGAAGAACUCUUAUGAAUAUAACGGCCCAAAUAACAAUAGAGAAAGGGUCUUUAAAACCGAACAAAGCCAAGGAGCCAGGCCUAAGUUGGGCCUUUUUCAGAAUGGUAAAAAAAAAUGCUUCAAAAAGAAAAGGAACCAAAACAAUUCUUCUAAUUUAAACUCACAACCUGAGGGUGAGUUGGAAAGGGAGCAUGUGAGCGCUGAUGAAAAUAAACUAGCUGGUAGUGAUCAUUUAGAUCCAUUAAUAAAAGAAGGGCACAGCAUAGGUGCUGCCUGUGGUAAGAAAACACGAACUUGUGAUUCUUUUCAAACCGUUGGGGCAGUUUUACCCUGCACAACUGGAAACUGCAGAAAUCCUACAGAAUUGGUCAGAUGUGAUCAGUUAGAAAUGGAUGGAUUAGAAGGAGCUGUUGGUGGGCAAGUGAUGAACAGUUCCCAUACCACUGAACAGUUAUCUUCCAGAAGCACGUCCCUUGAUAAAAAUUUAAUUGACGAAGGAGCUUUUUGUGAUUUAGAUAGAAUGUUCCAGCACCAGGAGUUCUCACGAUACAAUGGGGACCACGCAGAUGUGUACCCCUCAGAUGACGAGGGUGUCAUGCCUGGGAAGUUCUCUCACAGAAGCUUGGGGCAGUCCUCGUGUCAAGACAGUGAGCUAUACCACAAUGGAUCAGAUGAUGAUUCAGAGCUUGAAAACUGCUCAUACGUCUAUGACCCUAAACAAUCCCAUACAUUGGGUUUGAACUCUACUAGUCCUCAACAAACUAGUCUUAAGAAGUCUUUGUUUCACAAAAGUGAUAAGUUUGAUAAUAUGAAUGGAAAAAGUUGUAGCAUUAAUACAGAUGAUAUUGAAGACACAGGAGAUUUUAUUGACACUGACCUCCCCUCACAAAAACAUUUGCUAUCCAGUUCAGAUGAAAUGGACAAUAGCUCUUCAAUCAGUAGUAGUGAUCAUGAAGAUGAUGAUAGGAAACCAUCAAGAAAAAAUCAUGAUUAUAACUCUAAUGAUCUGUCAGCUUUUGAAUGUGAAGUACAAGUGCACACACUAUGUAUCCAUGAAGAUGCCAAUGAUAUUAAAGACCCCUUAUCUAGUCAAUUAAAUGCAAGAAGAAUAGAAACUGAAAACCAGACAUCAGGUCUGCUUAGUGUGCCUCAAAGAACUGCAGAUGCAUGCAACAGUAGCAGUGAGAGUGAGAAUGGGGAGAACUUACCACACAGUAAGCCAUCACAGUUUUGUGCACUCAACAACAACAUACCUCAAGGCUGUUACAGCCCCACAGGAUCAUGUCUGGAAGGAGCUGCAGCCUCCCAGCUCCCAGCUGAAGCCAGUGAAAAACAUUUGGCUGACUCGUACAACUCCUGUCCCCCAGGAGCUGAGUGUGAGCUGCCACCUGUCUCCCCACCCCAAUGCUUCCAUUCCAAUUUGUUCUGUCCUGGAGUCCGGGUGAGUCCAUGUGGGCAGAACAAACCUAGUCAGAGCCCAGCCCGUGAGCAUGUUGCUUUCACAGCCAGCAGUGAGAUGGACCACAGUGGAGACUUCCAUCACCAGCCCCUGGAGUCUGCCAGCUGCUCUGUCACAGCUGACGGAGGUGCGUGCUGCCCCCCAGGUUUCCAGGGCUCAGGUGUGAAUGACUUGAAUGUGUGCUGUCAUCAUAGCCACAGCCAUGUGGCCAAUGGAUUUACUGUGGGCAGUCCUGGGGCCAACUUCAGUAAUGAUGAGAGCAACCGUCUCCAGAAGGUCUUUGUCAAGUUCUCCAGUGAGGAUAAAUUAGAUGAGGGGGAGUCUCAUUCAGCUUCCUCUUGUGACCUGGAAGAUGUGGAUGGAUUUGGCAUGUUAACCAGGAAACAAGAUAAAAGUAAUGACAGUGGAGGAUCAGAAGACCCUUUAAGCCAUGACAAUGGAGACAAUGUUGACAUGGUACUGUUACCAAUGGAGGAGGAGAUAGAACCAGUCCAUCACAUGACGUCAGGCCUGUGUGCGGGUGGUGUGGAUGAGGAUGAUGACUUGUUUGAGAGCAGCAGCCAGCUGGCCCUGUCUAGUAAACAUGGAGGCAAUAAUUUGGGCUAUCUGUAUGAUGAACAUCUGUGUGCACAUGAUCAAAAUCCUCUAGGAAAUGGAAUGCCAAGUAAAGAGUUCUAUGAGUUGAUAAAGACAGUGAGUACAACAGACAGCUACAUGAGAUUCUUUGAUAAAGAUGGUCUGGAUGUGCAGAGACAGCCAUAUGUCCCUUGUGAUGAUGACUCUAAACAGAAUUCAGCCACUGGUGGACAGAAUUCUAAAGCUGAACGUCUUAAAGUUGACCGUGUGAUGAUCUGGAAUGAAUAUGAAGCUUAUGUCAUGCAGUUUAAGCAGAUAGCUGUCUCAGCCUGUGGACAGACAGCAGUGUUGAAUGUUUUAAAAGCCCUCAAGUUUAACUGUGAGAAGUCAGCCGUGUGUAAAGUAAUACAGACCAGCCUAAGGAAAGAAGAUGCUUGUAUCCCUGAAUAUCUUUUCUCCAGAGCUAAAGCUGGUACCACUGCAGGUGAGUUGAUGUCAGGUGUUGAGAAGCUGAGUGGGGGAGCAGUGGGUGGAAGGUUCUUCCACUUUUGGCCCCCACGUAAAGUCAAACUUCUACAGUGGCUUGCCUACUGGAUGAAGAGAGGUGCCAUACCUAUGGCCACCCUCAACUUACAGCAGGGACCCCAUUCUUUAUGGCAAGUUCCAGACUCAUGGCACCACCAGAUGGUGUAUGGUGUCAGUCAUCAAGGUCUCUACUUGACCAACCCAUUGGAGAUAGUGUCAGAACGGUCAGCCAUGAAACAGCUCUGCAGUGACUCUGUGCUGAUGGUCAGGAGACAGGACAUCAUUUCUAGAUUCAGGGAGAUAACUGACCUGGGUCAGCUGCUGAACCACCCUGACCCUCGCUGGAGGACAAUGAAUGUUUUAGGACAAGUUGUGAAUGUGCUGAGAGAGUCCAACAUGCCCAGUGUGCCAGGCUACAGGCUGCAGGUGACCUCUCAUGUCAGCAUACCUGCCUCGUACAAGGCUGGAAUUACCCUGUUCAUGCGCAAGGACAAAUCAGCAUGGAAAACUUUGCUCAGUGCUCCAGAGAUUCCCUUGGAGCCCUGAUAGUGUGGCAGUGUUGUGUUGUUUUUGUGGUGUAGGUCAGUCCAGGAUUGGUUCUUUGAGGAUUACACAGAUGCAGCAUUAUGAAACUGCUUUGAGGAAUGACUGCUAGAGGAUUGUGUCAGGAUGGUUUCUUACGGAUUUUCUGCUUGGAUUAUUUCUUACGGACCCAGAUUUUUUUCUUUUGGAUUAUAUGCUCAGGAUUUUUCCUUACUGGAGUAUGAGCUACAGAAUUAUUGAAAAUCUUUAAAUAGUAUGAAGAUUAAUUUUUGAAUGAUAAUGACCAACAUGAUUCUUUCUUAUCAGUCACCUAUUGCAAGAAUUGGUAAAGCUGCAGUUUUUUUGUUGUUUUCUUUGAUCUUUAAUGCAACUAGAAUAUAAUUUUAGAAAUAAUUAAUUAUAUUCUUCAAGACUUUAGAAAUGGAAAAUGAACUUAGUGAAUUAGAAUCACACAGGAUUACCACAGGGGUAGUAGUAUUUGUGCUUAGGGAUUGGCAGAUAACAUGUGUAUGUAAGAUGUCAGUAAGCACAUUCUUAACUUGUGAGUUUUGGAUGUGUGGUAGUUCAGUAGGGAAAUGAUAUAUGGAUAAUUUUAUGUUUUACAGUACAGUGCAAUAAACCAUAAGACCAAAUAAGCUUCUCUUUUCAAGUCUUUUUUUGUGUGUACAAAUAGAAAAGUUAUUUUUAAUUUAAAAAACACAGUGCCAUAUUUAUCUGUUGUUUUGUCUCAGUGAAUUGUUAAAAGAAUUGAGAGAAGCAGAAAGUGUAUACACAUUUUGCAUGAGUAAUAUAGGAGUAAUUUAAACAAAUUAGCAAAAUACUGAUAUUAAGAUAUUUAAUUAUACUUACAUUGUUUUAUUUUUCAAGAAUAAAUUAAUUUCCUCUAUAUGAUCAUUCUCAGUGUGCGUUGUGAUUAAAUAACUUAUAACCUAACAUAUGGAAAAUUCCAGCACAAGAUAAGAACUAAUAUAAAAAUUGUGUUAGAUAAAAUUAAAAAUUGGGGUUUAUUAAAAAAAAAGUAGUACAACAAGGUAUAAAUAUGUACACUAUAACUUAGUUUUAUGAUAAAUUUAUGGUAGUAUGUUUUUUCCUUGUUUGUUAGUUACAAACAAAGUUUGCUGAAUAAAAUAAACUGUUUCCCAUAGUUGUCUGGCCAACACAAGUUGAAACAGUUUUGUUUACUUCUGGUUGUGAAGUUGCCUUUGGUGCACUUGUUAGUAUACAUCUAUUAAAGACUGAACACAGGCAUAAGAUGCUGAGACUGCACUGAUUUUUAGUCCAUGUACAAAUUAGCUUUGUAUUGCUACUGUAUGCAUCUCACUCUGUGCUUAAGUUCAGUGAUGGUAAUAAGUUGGGCAUGAAAUUAGUGAAGCUAAUAUAUGUGUUCAUUUCAGUAAAUGUCAUUAAACUACCUUCUUAGUGUUUGAUAGUAAGUUUUUUUUUAACUUUCGUACAGUGAAUAGUAAAUUAAGCAGUUGAGAAUGAAUCUAAUUCAGUUGAAAAAUAAAUUAUUCAGAUAAACUAAUUUCUCUGUAGACCAUUUUUAUUUACAAAUCUCCUUUAAAACUGGCCUUCAAACAUUUUUUAAAAAUGUACAUUUCUUGAUUUGAUUUUAAUAAAUAACCAGCAUCAUGGUUAUCCGUGACCUGUUGUGUAACCCUAAUUAUUAUUUUUGAUAUUACUGGUUCAGAUGUAUAUAAAUAUUGAUCAAAUGCUCAACUUUGUUUUGACAUUGAUUUGCUGCUUAUUGCAUUCCCUAUUGCUAUGGAGCAUAAACCAGCUCAUCACUUUUUGGAAAAUUACAGAUUCGCUUGUACAGAGCUGACAUGUUUUUCACAGAAUAGCUUCAUUGUUUUUCUUCACAUUGUAACACUAUUUGUGUAUAACAUUGGCUUGUUUAUUACUUUAAUUCUUCUGUUGACAAAUAAAAUUUAAGAUAUUUGAAAUUGGGGAUUGAAAAAGAUGUAAUUGAAUUUGUUAGCAGUUCUCUCAAGUCUAAAGCUGCAAAGGCUUAACACAAUGCAUCAAGGGAGUCAAAUGGUCUGCUUUUAGAUUAGAUUUUCUUGCAGUGUUUCAUUAUUAUGUUUUAAAAUUUACUGAUCAUAGUUUCAGUAUAUGCUAAGUCUUUUGAAUGGAAAGAAAUAAUUUUUUAUCAAGUAUAUUGUAUUUAGCUGUAUGAAAGCUAACGACUCCAAUUUUAUCAUUCUUUAAACUUCGUUUUAAUUUUGAUAUGAAUUAGUUGGUUUUUUUUUAAAAUUUAGAGUAUUAGCAUAAUCAACACGGCUGUAAUAAUUGUAUAGAAUUAAAAUUGUACCUACAAGGAUAGCUAUUCCACUAAUAUGAUAGCUACAUUUGUAUAAACUUCCAUCGCCUAAAUUUACUUAAGGAAUGAAAUAGUGACAGUAUGGUAGACUUAAAAAAUUAAACCGAUAUUUUUAAAUUAAUUAAACCAUGUUUGUCUUUUACCAAAUGAAAUUGUUUUAAAUACUGUUAAUAAAACCCAGCCAGUCUCAUAACCAAUCUGUUGAUAAAAGACUGUUUCACCUGGUUGUGUUUUAAAGUUCACUGAUACAUAUGUAUUUAGGUAUGUAUAUUUGUGUCUGGGUCUCAACAUUACAUUGUUUGUCUUUAUGUACAUUAUAAAUCUCAAUAUAAUUUAUUGUAUCUCUUAUGAAACAUUAUUUUGAAUUCUGAAAAUAGUGCAUUAGAAGACUUUAAAACUGAUUUCUUAUAUAAGCUUUCAGAAAGUGCUUGAUUUUAAAAAGUUGAAGAAAAAAAUAAUAUAUUGGGUGUCUACAAAAAGAAUUAAACCUUGAACUAUGAUUUAAAUAUAAAGUAAACUAGUAAUUAUCUUAUGUAUUCUAGCUACCGAAAAUGCUUUUUAAAUGUUGCAUAUAAGAGCAUGGAUUAAAAAUUAACAAAUAAUUUAAGUCUGUGGUUCUUAAAAUAUUUUGGUACAAUUUUCAAUCUACCAUGCUGAGUUUUAAAACUUGACGUUUUAAAAAAAAAAUUGGAUGCUAUAUUAUUAUUAAGCCUAUCAAAUAAUGAAUGUAUGUAUCAAUCACACAUUCAAAAGCUAUAUGCAGAAUUAAUACUUAUUUAAUCAUUUUAUUUGUAAAAAAAAAAGUUAUACGUCUGAAUGCUUGUUAUUUAAUUUUGUGAAUAUUGUAUGGUAAUUGGACAUGACCAAUUUAACAAACCCCUUCCCUCCAUCUUGUCUUGGUUCACUAAAGCCUGUGAUGUUGUCAUUGCUACACUGUACAUAUAUUUAUGUUGGAUUCAUUAAACAUGUC